UAACACAUUUAAAAUAAAUGCCAUUUUUCAAUAAUGCAAACCUCCAAGCACUCCACAAAUCCUUUGUCGUUAGUUCCAAGCAAUUGGCCCUGUGGGAUCCACCGCCACCCCAAUCCCCAUCCCCAUCGACGUCGCCACCCCCAUCACCACACAGAUUUGGAUCCAAUUCCAACGACCACCACCGCCACCACCAUCACCAUCAUCAUCACCAUCACGACGGCGUAGCGGCGGAGAAACCUCAUCGCAAAACCCGACGAUCUCUCUCUCUCUCUUCAAUGGAUGAGGUGAUUACGGCCGCUGAUGCGUCGUCGAGUCUUCGAUCGUACUCAUCAGAGCCGUCCGUUGGGCCGUGGAACCUCCCUCUCCUCUCUGCGUUUCUCGCCUGUGCUCUCGCUCAGUUUCUCAAGCCCUUCACCACCUGGAUCAAGGAGAAGAGGUGGGAUUCUAGAAGGAUGGUUGCUUCGGGUGGAAUGCCAUCAUCACAUUCAGCAACUGUUACAGCUCUUGCAAUGGCUGUUGGUUUACAAGAAGGAACUGGAGGAGCUGCAUUUGCCAUUGCCGUUGUUUUGGCGUGUGUUGUAAUGUAUGAUGCAACUGGCGUUAGACUUCAUGCUGGUCGGCAAGCUGAAUUAUUGAAUCAAAUUGUGUGUGAGCUGCCUCCUGAACACCCCGUCUCUAGUGUUAAACCAUUGCGAGACUCACUUGGUCAUACUCCACUUCAGGUAACAGCAGGUGCUAUAUUAGGAUGUAUAGUAGCAUACGUCAUGAAAAGCUCCAGUUAAGGGAUGGCGCAGUUAUUGCUUCUCAAUUACCAAAUCUUCAAGAGGCUUUCGAGCUUUUCAAUUGUGGAGGUCACAUCACAGCUAAACCUUCCACGAUAUCAAAAGAAAACGUGGGAGACCUGUCUGUGUUUGAGGUUGUAAUGACUGAAAGCUUGUUUUCUUGUUUCUGGUCUUGGUUUGCUUUUCUGUGUAUAAAUUGAUUUUCAAGGUUUAUCGAAUUUAUGCCGUGUUUGAUAUUUAAAAAUGAUUUGGAACCCCGGAAGUUCCCCAUCUCUGUACUUUCUGAUAGUUUGAUGGUGUUAUCAUUUCUGUUUGUUGAGUGAUUAGACUGAUGGAAUUAGAAUGUUAAAUAUUACAAUGAUUGAGAAAACAUAUAUUUGAAGGACA